CCUGGCUGGUUUUUUUUCUUGGUUGGGCUGCAUUUCGUAUUUUGAGGUUUUCUUCAUCAUCAGCAUCACUUUGCAAGGCAACUCUUGUUCUACUAGUCUACGUACGGUGUGUGUAGUGGCAGGGUACAUUGGGUCUUUCCAUACAAGACACACAAAAGAGAGGAACUAGGAGAAUUCGGGUUUCAACUUGUUUUGGCAAUCAACCUCGCAUUCUACCCAUUCCCGCGAUUUACUCCCACCGCUCGUUUAGCGCCGCAUUUAACAACAGCCUUUGAGGACUCUUUUGACAAACGACGGUAUCACCUUUUCGCCUUUGUGGAGCAUCAUCAACAAUAUCGGCUACAUAUAAGGCACUUUUCCUCUCCUACUCGCUUUUGCCGUCUCGGCGGCUUAUUCUUCGCUGAAAGCCGUCCAUCUGUUGCAUGAGUGAGCGAUUCCACAGGAAUUGAAAUUCUUGUCAACGAACUUGUCUAAAAUGACAAUGGAGAGUUUUCACGGUUUUGUAAACUCGCCGAACGACGCUCUACUCUUGUUUGAGGCUUGUCGUCUCCAGCGCCUCAAAAGAGUUCAAAGAAGAUUGUCAGAGUCCGAGCGUCUUGCAUAUGUUCGAUCUGGUUCAGUCUUUGUCUGGGACGAAGAAGAAAGUGGAAUUAAAAGAUGGACUGAUGGAAAGCAUUGGUCACCGAGCCGUAUCAACGGCAGUUUCUUGAUAUACCGUGAAGUGGAAGCCCGGAAGCAUAAAAUGCCCGGUGCGGCAGAAGAAAAAGUAGAGUACGUCAUCAAAGAGGAUGGUUUGACCAAAAAGGCCAUCUCCAUCACCACAUCCGAUGGUCGGAAACAGCAUUUGGUCUCGUACUACACUCGAGAGGAGCUGCAAACAAAGAAACUCGAAAGUCCUGCCGAGCUGCCCAUGUUUGCUGAUGUGGUUAUUUCUACCGAUAUAUACCCAGAGUUCAUGCCUGAACACCCGCAAUCUUCCGCCUCAUCGAUACGAUCCUCCGUCUCGUCCUUUAGUGCCGCUUCGCUAGCAUCGCAGUCCAGCUCGGAAUUCCGUCCAACAUACGUCCCCAUUUCCAAGCACCGACCUCGGCAUCAUCGGGAUGCCUCGCCAUAUCGUUAUGAAACAGCCCAGAAUAAGCGCUCCUAUGAUGACUUCCCGAGACCGUCCCAUGAUUCUGGCAAGCAGAUGAGCAUUUAUUCCAUCAGCUCCAUGGACGACGGGCGCUCAUAUCGAUCAUAUGACACACGGUCCUACGAUAAUCAGUCGAUAUUGUCGAUGGACAAUCAGUCAAUUAGAUCUUUUGGCAGUUCAGGGAGACCGGAUGAAGGCGAGCGAUCGGACACCUUAAACGACAACAUCCAUAAGGGAUACCAGGUAGUCAUGCCUGGUGUGCAGCAGGAUGCAAAUAUAUUUCCGUCCCAAAGUCCCAACAUGUCCGGUACGUCCCACGGAAGUGCAAAUUUAAAUCGUGCACACAGCGGAUCUCCUCGGGCAUCACCACCACAAUUACAUCGGUCUCCAUCCAUUAUAUCGGCCUUUUCCGUCAUGACUGCACCUCCUGAUAUUGACAGACAAGCACGACCUCAAAACACAACGCCCCUGAGAGCACCAAGUGUCAGGUCCUUGCCGAUCGGGCUCAUCGACGGAGCUGCCCGAAGCGGUAGUCCUCGUGAAGGACUUGUUCUGCCUCCACCCAAACCCGAUCACUCUCACGGACAUCACCACUUUUCCCCUUCUCAUGAUUCCACCAAUUCCGCUACCUCUGCCCCCGUUUCCAAAUUACCGCCAAUGUUCCUCGCACAUUCAAAUUGGACGCCGGACACGGAUUAUUCCCGACGAGCUGGAAGUCUGGAAGGUGUUGUUGGGGCAGCUGCAUCCAAUGGAAAGUCGUACUCUGCAGGAUCAUCUCCAAAGAUAGAUACGAUGGACAUGGACUGGGAACCUGGUGGCUCCGCAAAUACGAGCGGAGAUCCAAUGACCGGCGUGGAGACCACGCGACAUGGUUUCUAACGGGUUCACACAUUUCCUGUUUUAUGUGCAUGGUGCAUGGUGCAUGGUGAGGAAAAAGAUAUUGUCUAUAAUGAAGGAGGAGUAUACGAGGAGGACAUCUUGCCCUAGUAAUUAUGAUUGGGCUCGAGAGUGAAGGCACAGGUGUCUGGAUGGAUCAUGGAAAGGGAUUUUUGGCUGGCACAAUGUGAUUGCGUAUAUUACCCUCCAUAUCGUUGCGUUUAGUGUGCGAUAUAUAUUUUUUUCUGUUUUAUUUUUUUUGUGGAGGUGGGCGAGGAAUCUAAUUGUAUUGUAGGAAGUCUGGGUGAGCGACCCAAAACAGGGAUUAUCUGUAAUUAUAUGUUGAUGCUCUUUGAAUUUGCCGUCAUCACCACGUUGCCAACCGUUU